AUGCCAAAAGAAUUUGAUAAUAAGUGGAAGGAAGUUGUUGAGAGGAGUAGUAUAAGUGACAAUGGAUGGCUUCAAUCAAUUUAUGACAUUCGAGCAUCAUGGGUGCUUGCAUACUGUAAUCACAUUUUCUCUGCUGGUAUGUCAAGUAGCCAACGUGCUGAAAGCUGUCAUUCAUUUUUCAAGAAGUUUCAACUUAUGAGAGAAGAUGACAACCAAAGAGUAUAUAUGGUAAAGAAAAGAAGUGACCAGAUUCAAAAGGAUCGGAAAAUUGCUUAUGACAAGCAUACAGAUCUUGCUUCAUGUACUUGCAAAAAAUUUGAAAGUGAAGGAAUCCCUUGUAGGCACAUAUUGGGAUAUUUGCUGAAAGUUCAAGAAGUAGAUCAGCUGCCAGCACAAUACAUUUCAAAUAGAUGGACUAAGGUUGCAAAUGUUGAUGUAGUUAAGGACCUAGAUGGUCUGGAGAUAAUAGACACAAAUGCAUUGGUGGUGAAACGUAGUAAAUUAUUUCAUCAUGCUUCACUUGUUAGUGGCAAAGUCCUUACAAGUCCUGAUGAAGCUCAGACCAUUUUUAUUGAGGCUCUUGACAAUGUGCUUGAUAAGCUCAAACAAAUGCAAGCCAGUAGUAGUGAAAGUGCAAGGAUUGGUAAGAAGCUGCCAACUGAUCUUCAACAUAGGUAUAAUGAGCCAACUGAAGUCAAAGCAAAGGGUUCGGGAAAAAGGCUUAAAAAAACUAAGGAGCAGGCAAAGAGAAAGAGAAGUACUACAAGAAAAUGUCAUGAAUGUGGUCUCUAUGGCCAAUCACAUGAUAAACGAAUUUGUCCGACGCUUAGUAUAGAUAAAGAGAGUUCACUUCUUGACAAAUCAAAAGACGAGGAGUUAGGUUCUUUCGAUGAAGAGGACUCAAGUUCCUACGAUGAAGAUGAUGAGAAUUAA